AUGGAGCUUGGAUCGUUGCCGCUGCUCGGCUUCCUUGUCUCACUGAUCUUCUUAUUGCUCGUCAAACACGUCGUGAGCAUUUGCACUUGCUCCGCGCCAGGGAAGCCACGGCUGCCGCCUGGGCCAUGGAAGCUGCCGCUCCUGGGCAGCCUCCAUCACGUCCUGCUGUCGCGCUACGGCGACCUGCCGCACCGGGCCCUGCGUGACCUCUCCGGCAUACACGGCCCGCUCAUGCUGCUCCGUUUCGGCGUCGUACCCACGCUGGUCGUCUCCUCCGCUGAGGCCGCCAGGGAGGUCCUCAAAACGCACGACACCGCCUUCGCCAGCCGCCACCUGUCGCCCACGCUGGCCGUCUUCAGCCGCGGCGGCCAAGACAUCCUCUUCUCGCCCUACGGCGACCUGUGGCGCCAGCUCCGCCGUGUCUGCGUCCUAGAGCUCCUCAGCACGCGCCGCGUGCAGUCCCUCCGCCACAUCCGCGAGGACGAGACCGCCGGCCUGGUCCGCUCCCUUGCGGACGAGUGCGCUCGCACCGGCGGCGUCGGCGCCGUGGUCGAUAUCGCCGAGCGGAUGUCGCACGUGAUAAACAACAUCGUGGUGCGAUCGGCCAUCGGCAGCCGAUGCCCGCGGCGCGACGAGUUCGUGCGCGAGAUCGAUGAGUCGGUGAAGCUCACCGCCGGCUUCAACCUGGCCGACCUGUUCCCCUCGUCCACGCUGGCGCGCUGGCUCAGCGGCGGGCUUCGCAAGGCCGAGCGGUGUAACCAACAGAUGUGCGACAUCAUGAAGGACAUCAUCCUGGAGCGUACUACUGCAGGCGCCCAUGGACGUAGCGACGGCGAGGAGGACAUACUCAGCGUGCUGCUCAGGGUGCAGAGCGACGGCGGCGUGCAGUGCGCCCUCACCACCGAGAUCAUCACCACCGUCAUCCUGGAGAUUUUUGCUGCCGGGAGCGGGACGUCAUCCACGACACUCGAAUGGGCCAUGUCGGAGCUGGUAAUGAACCCGCAUCUCCUCCGCAGGGCCCAAGCGGAGGUGAGGGGCGCAUUCAAGGGGCAAAUCAAGAUAACAGAGGGCGACGUGGGAAAGCUAAGCUACCUUCAUCUGGUGAUCAGGGAGACGCUGCGCCUGCACGCGCCGGUGCCGUUCCUGCUGCCCAGGCAGUGCCGGGAGCGGUGCGAGGUGAUGGGCUACGACAUCCCCGAGGGGACAAAGGUGCUGGUGAACACUUGGGCGAUGUGCAGGGAUGGCGCAUACUGGGAGGACGCCGAGGAGUUCAAGCCACAGAGGUUCGAGGCGAGCACCGCCAUGGACUUCAAGGGCGGCGACUUCGAGUUCAUCCCCUUUGGGGCAGGCAGGAGGAUGUGCCCCGGCGUGGCGCUCGGCCUGGCCAACAUGGAGCUCGUGCUCGCCAGCCUCCUCUACCACUUCGACUGGGAGCUUCCGAGCGGUGAUGAGCUCGACAUGUCCGAGUCCUUCGGCAUCACAAUACGGAGGAAGUCCAAGCUCGUGUUGCGCGCGACGCAGCGUUUUCCAUGA